GGAGACUAAAAGGAGGAGAAAGGAAAAGCGGGACCAACGACGCCACGAGUGACAAUUCUGUGGUGUAUCGCUUGCAAAAGACUCGAGGUGGCAUAAGAGGAGGAUCGGUGGAUUCGCGUGAAGAGAAAGUUACCAAGUGCUUUGUACGUUUAGGAGCAUCACGGGAGGAUUAAUUUCCACGAAACGUCGGAUAAGUUGUUGACCGUUGUAACCGAAACGACUCGCGUCGAACGGGCGGACAUCAAACGCGAUGGUGGAAGUCUUGCUGGAGCCGUGUGGCCAGGAUGUAGCCGUAGCAGAGAACGGAUGCAAUCUCACCGAGAACUCGACGGAAUGUUCACCCCGUGACGAUCAGUGCGACUCAACCAUGGAAGAUGCGAAUCUAACGGCAAUUCAAAGCUUCUACAAAGGGCAGAGCAUCUUCGUGACUGGUGGCACAGGCUUCAUGGGCAAAUUGCUCGUGGAGAAGCUCCUCCGUGAUUGUCCUGGAAUUUCUUUUAUCUAUCUCUUGGUACGCCCGAAGAAGGGAAAGGACGUGCAUCAGCGCAUCGAGGAACUAUUCGACGAUCCGAUUUUUAGCAAACUGAAAGAGGUGAAGCCCAAGUUCAGGCACCAGAUCGUCGCGAUAGCUGGCGAUUGCAGCCUGCCAGGUCUGGGAAUCUCUCCCAGCGACAGAGCCAUGAUGAUUCAAGACGUCUCUAUCGUCUUCCACGUCGCCGCGACCGUCAGGUUCGACGAGAAGUUAAAACUCGCGGUUCCUAUCAACGUACGGAGUCCCAAGGUCGUUACAGACCUCUGCAAAGAAAUGCCACGUCUGAAGUCGUUCGUGCACGUAUCAACGGCGUACGCCAAUUGCCCGCUCGACGUAAUCGAGGAGAGGGUGUACGAUCCCCCGAUGGACGCUGACAAGCUGAUCACUCUGACGGAAUGCCUCGACGAGAAGCUGAUCGAAGAGAUCACCCCACGAUUACUGGGUAGAUGGCCGAACACGUACACAUUCACGAAAGCAGUGGCCGAGAGCAUCGUCAAGAAAGAGGCUGGCAACAUGCCCGUGGGCAUAUUUCGUCCCGCAAUCGUGAUAUCGACGUAUCGUGAACCGCUGCGAGGAUGGAUCGACAACAUGUACGGACCGACUGGCGUUGCGGCUGGCGCAGGUACUGGGAUCCUACGAUCUAUACACUGCGACGGGUCGAUACCCGCCAACGUUGUGCCGGGAGAUCUAACGGUAAACGCUCUGAUAGCCUGUGCUUGGGACGUAGCAAACCGUCGAAGGGCCACGACAGAUGAGAAAAACAACGACGUGCCGGUGUACAAUUACGUAUGCAAAGACAACCCCAUCACGUACGACCAGCUGAAAGUGAAGUCUGAAAAGCACGGUCUCGAGUUCCCCACUGGCAAAGCGAUAUGGUAUUACAGCUUCCGUAACAACAAGCACAAACUGGUCCACUUGUUUUACGUCUACAUACUCCACUUGCUACCAGCUCUCCUGAUCGACUCCGUCACGAUUUGCCUGGGGAAGGAGCCCAGGAUGCUGAACAUCUACAAAAAGAUCCAUAAAUUCAUGAACGUGCUGAAUUAUUUCACCACAAGGCAGUGGAAGUUCACGAACGAGAACUUUAAACAGGUGCUGGCGAAGAUGAGCCCCGAUGAUAGCCACAACUUCAAUUGCGACAUCACGGAAGUCGACUGGGACCUUUACUUCCGAUCAUACAUACGAGGUAUUCGGGUGUAUCUGAUAAAGGAUCCCAUCGAGUCUCUCGAACAAGCACGCGUCCGAUGGCAGAGAUUAUACUGGAUUCACCAAGCGUGCAAAUUGAUUCUCGCGUACCUCGUGUUUCGAAUAUGCUGGCUGUCGGUGUUUUACCUCUACCGGGUUUAUAUAUCGCCAGCUGCGUAGCCGAUCUGCGAGUAUAUCCACAUAAAUAUUAAUAAUGCGUGCGUGCGUGUGCGUGAGUGUACAGCGUCGAAUGGAUUAUUGCAUUUUCGAACCAAAUCGAAUCGAUGUCACUCGUCGGGUACCAAUGGCGGGACCCUCGUUUUCGAUCAACAAUGGUGCUGGCUGGCUGGCUUUCCGGCGUACAGAGCAACUCGGAGGAACGGAAGGGAGAGGCCAAAGCGUCGAUUCGACGCUCCGAUGCGUCGCGUUCCUCUCGUUCGUGUCUCGAAUUGGUCGUUCACGGCAGGGGUUGGCAAAAGCUUGUCCAGCGAAGGGUCGCUUGGGUGAAAUUGCGGCCCUCCCUGGCCAAGGAAUUGUAUAUCGAGGAAAUUGUUUACACACUUAUUUAUAAAAUGAAAAACAAAAUUUAUACAAUUUUUGUAUCAUCAACAUACAGAAUAUAAUUGUAUAUAAACGGA